AUGUAAUAAGAGUUCAAGUUGCCAUAAAAGAUUAUAUAACUCUAUGCAAAAUAUUAGAAUAAAUCAUAAAAAGUUAAGAAAUUCCAACUUCAAGAACAUACAUUCAUGUUAGAAGACAAUUAUUCACCAGUUGAAAUUAGUAAUAAUUAUUUCAUAUUUUAUAGUCGGAAGUGGUGCUUAUGGAUGUGUUAUUUAAGUAGAUGAUAAAAAUGCAAAGGUUGAAAAAGACAGAUAAGUUGCUAUAAAGAAAAUUGAAAGAGCAUUUGAACAUAGAUUGUAUGCUAAAAGAACACUUAGGGAAUUAAAGAUUCUUAGAUUAAUGAAACACGAGAAUGUAUUAUCAUAAAAGUAAUAUAGAUUGUGGAAUUAAAAACCUUACUUCUUCCAAAAUCAAGAGAAGAAUUUGAAGAUGUUUAUAUGGUCACUGAAUUAUUAGAAACAGAUCUUGCUUAAGUCAUCAAGAGUGAUCAGGUAUUGACAGAUGAACAUAUCUAAUUAUUUCUUUAUUAAAUUUUAAGGGGAUUGAAAUAUUUACAUACUGCAGGAAUAUUACAUAGAGAUUUAGUAUCUAUUUGUUAAAUAAAUUAGAAACCUAGAAAUUUAUUAUUAAAUAGAAAUUGUGAUUUAAAGAUUUGUGAUUUUGGAUUAGGAAGAGCUAUGGCAGAUCCUUCCUCAUCAAAUAAUGCCAAUAUUAUGACAUAUUAUGUAGAGACAAGAUGGUAUAGAGCACCUGAAUUGUUAGUGAGUUUCAAAAAUUAUACUCCUGCAGUUGAUAUGUGGUCAGUAGGAUGUAUUUUGGCUGAAUUGCUGUUGAGGAAACCUUUUUUAAGAGGAGAUUCCAGUAAUUUCAUUAUAAAAUUAACUAAGCUAAAAGAUAAGUCAAGUUAAUAUUUGAAUUAUUGGGAACACCAAAUGAAGCAUACAUUUAAUCAUUCUAAGACGAAAAAGUAUAGAACAAUCUAAGGAAAGUAAUUAAAGAAACUGGACCAAAAUAAGGAAUACCAUUAGAAUAAUUAUUUAAAAAUGCCUCUAAAAAUGGUAAUUAUUUAUAAUCUAUAUUAAAAAGCUUUGGAUUUAUUAAGAAAACUAUUAACAUUUGAUUAUAGAUAAAGAAUAACAGUUCAAUAAGCUUUAGAACAUCCUUAUUUGGCUUAAUUACAUUUUGAAGCUGAUGAACCAAGUGCUUAGCUUGUUAAUCAAUUAGAAUUUGAAUUUGAAAAGUAUGAAAUGACCAGAGAAUAAAUUAAAGGUAUAUUUAUAUAUUUAAUUUAUAGAUCUUCUUUAUGAAGAAAUACUUUUAUAUCAUUUUCCUGAAUUCUAAACAUCAUAUGAAGCAAAGAAGAAAUCUGGAUAGAGUUUGAUAUCUCAUGUAGUAAAUAAUGAAAAUGCUAAAAUUGUAUAUAAAUUAUUUAAUUAAAGUUUGAUCCCACAGCUGAUGAUGAUUUAGAUAGGGAUUGAA